GAUUUCCGUUAACGUUUCUUCUACAAGUGGGUGAGGUGAAUCAUCGUGUCGGUCUGAUUCUCUCGCAUGAAAAAUCGCAGGAGACGCAAGAUGAUUAUUAAAAAAUCUGCACAAAAGAAAGCAUUUUUUAAGGAAAUUGAUAUAACCUGACUCGUGAAAAGGAAUGAAGCAUUUUAAAAAAAUGACUAAUGUAAAUCGGUCCUGAAUUCCAAAGAAAACAUCCACAAAGAUCUGAGUUUUGAGAUUAUUAAAAAAUCUGCAUAAAGGAGCAUUUUUAAAGAAAGUUAGCAUAACCUGGCCACGAAAAUCUAACAAUUUCUAGGAAAAGAAAAUAGCAUGCAGAAUGAAGAGAUAUUGAAUCCAUUGAUUGAUUCUCUCAAUUUUGUUUGAAAAGAAAUAGCAUGAAAGGACUUUUUCCUUCUUAAUAUGUUGAUUGCUCGUUGUGCAUUGUAACGCAUUGUUGCGUUUGUAAAUUUUGUCGGUAUAAUUGGAAAAUAUGGUACCUCUCGGCCCAUCGCCGGGACAUCAAACGUCCAUGAAUAAUUCUUCCAGCGCGACCGCCAGCGGAACGAAAAACGCAAUAGUGAAAUCAAAUUAUACACUGAAAUAUACCUUGGCAGGUCAUACUAAGGCAGUGUCUUCUGUCAAAUUUAGUCCCAAUGGAGAAUGGUUGGCUAGCUCAGCUGCUGACAAGCUUAUCAAAAUUUGGGGUUCUUAUGAUGGAAAGUUCGAGAAGACUAUAGCUGGUCAUAAGCUGGGUAUUUCUGAUGUAGCAUGGUCUAGUGAUAGUAGAUUGCUGGUAUCAGCUUCUGAUGACAAGACCUUAAAAAUAUGGGAAUUAAGUUCUGGUAAAUGUUUAAAAACAUUGAAGGGUCACAGUAAUUAUGUUUUCUGUUGUAAUUUUAAUCCACAGUCCAACCUUAUAGUCUCUGGUUCUUUUGACGAAAGUGUGCGUAUUUGGGAUGUGAGAAGCGGAAAAUGCCUUAAAACCUUGCCGGCACAUUCAGAUCCUGUAAGUGCGGUGCAUUUCAAUAGGGAUGGCUCUUUAAUCGUUUCGAGUAGUUACGAUGGAUUAUGUCGAAUUUGGGACACUGCGUCAGGACAAUGUCUAAAAACUCUGAUAGACGAUGACAAUCCUCCAGUAUCAUUUGUCAAAUUUUCACCGAAUGGCAAAUACAUCUUAGCAGCAACGCUGGACAACACUUUAAAGCUGUGGGAUUACAGUAAAGGGAAAUGUCUGAAAACGUACAGUGGUCACAAAAAUGAGAAAUAUUGCAUCUUCGCGAACUUUUCUGUAACAGGUGGAAAGUGGAUUGUAUCCGGCUCUGAAGACCAUAUGGUAUACAUUUGGAAUUUACAGACGAAAGAGAUUGUACAAAAGCUACAAGGACACACAGACGUAGUACUUUGCACAACAUGUCAUCCAACGGACAACAUUAUAGCUUCGGCUGCUCUUGAGAAUGAUAAAACUAUUAAACUAUGGAAGAGCGAUACAUAAGAAUAGUUUGUAAAGUUAUUUGCUGUUAUUAUGUGCUGUACAAAUUGAUGUUUUUAUGUUGAAAGAAAGAUGACAUUGUAAAGCAUAGA